GGGCGUCUGUGUGUGUCUGGCGGGGGGUCUGUGUCCCUCCCUCCGUCCCUCCACCCGUCCCUCCUCCUUCUCUCCCUCCUUCCGCCGCUUUGUCUGGGGCAGAGCGAGCGAGCCCUGGCCAGCCCCGGUCCGGCUCCCAGCCCAUGCGGUGCUGCCGGGGCGAUGAGGCGAGGGUCUGGGCCCUCCUAGGUGGCCCCCGGAGACUAUGGGCUGCAUUGGCUCCAAAACCGCCAUCGUGGCUGUGGACACUACUUUGCACGUGGAGUGGACCGAGGCGAAGCCCCUCUCUGCCCUCUCGCCCCUUGGCCGGACUCGGACCUCGCUGGUGCGCAGGCUGGUUCGCCAAAGCUCUCUGGACAGCCAGGACUUUCUCGAGGUAAAUGUUGAAGACACUGUCGAAAUGCUACCCAAGUCCCGGAGAGCCCUCACCAUCCAAGAGAUUGCAGCCUUGGCACGGUCCUCCCUGCACGGCAUUUCGCAGGUGGUGAAGGACCAUGUGACCAAGCCCACGGCCAUGGCCCAAGGCAGGGUGGCCCACCUGAUUGAGUGGAAAGGAUGGUGCAAGCCUAUGGAUUCCCCCGUGGCCCUGGAAAGCACCUUCAACUCCUAUUCAGACCUCAGCGAAGGAGAGCAGGAGGCCAGGUUUGCCGCAGGUGUUGCUGAGCAAUUUGCUAUUGCAGAAGCCAAGCUGCGGGCCUGGUCUUCGGUGGAUGGAGAUGACUCCAACGACGAAUCCUACGAUGAAGAUUAUGCCACACCUUCGGAUACAACCCAACCAGCUGAUGCUGUGCCCCAGAUUGCACCCAGCACCCUGCUGAAGGGCUUCCUGCACAGCCGCUUAUGCCAGCUGAAUGCUCGGCAAGGCUCCUGCGACCCAGAGAGUGACUCCUCUCAGACCACCAUCUCUCCAGAGACUUUGUGCUCCAGCCUUUGCAGCCUGGAGGACAGCCUCCUGCUCAAGGAGCUGAGCUCGCCUUCCGAACUGGCCAUCAAACUCCUGGGCUCCUUGUCUGGCAGGGAGGAAGCGCUCCUCUCCAAGUUGCCGGCCACCCAGAUCACCGGCGAAUGUGCCUUCCGGAGCCUGGCACAGCUUGAGUGCCAGGACUCUCUGUACUCCAUGUCGUUCACCGAGUCCUGCCUCUCACCCACAGAGGAGGAGGAGGAAGAGGGGGGAGUCCUGUGUAAGGACUGUGAGGCCCACAAGGACAGCUGCCACGUCCGCAGGAAGGCCUCCGAUGUGGCCUCCUCUGGGGUGGUGUCUCUCGAUGACAACGAAGAGGAAGAGCGGAGGGGGAAGGAAGAGGAAGAGGAGGAGAGCAGAGAGCAGUGAAUCUCUAUUCGCUCCGUGGCAUGCUUCACCUGCCAUCUUGUCCCGUGCCGUGGCAUCCAUUCUCAACCCUGCUCCGUGGCCUGUCCCUUCUCUGAAGAGGAUGGAUCCUCCCCACCUGGAGGAGGAGGUGGCAUGACCCAAGGCUGGGCAGGGGAAGAUGGGCUGAAUGGACGCCAAUCCAGGAGCCCAUCCUUUCCCCAUUGGUCCCGUCCUAUGCCUUCCUCGCCUACAUUGUGCCAUCUGAUUCAGCCAUUCAAAGCCUGGCGAGCCUGUCGUUUGGCUUCGUGGAUUUUGCCUGCUGCAUCUUCUCUCUCUUGUACUCUUUCUCUUGUGGCCUGUUUUUUUUCUUUGCAUGAGAUUGUCUUGGGGUGGGGGAAUUAAAAUAAAACAAAACACCGGAAACAAAAUCCAAGAAAGCAAAAUAACGAAAAACAGGGCUGUGUAGAAUGGACGCAUGCCACUGUCUGGUCCGAAGCAUGCAACACGCCUUGGUCUGAGCGUGCCCAAAAGAAAAGGCACCACUUGGAUGCUGUCCUGUUGGCAUGGCUGAAGCUCUUAAAGCAGAACUGUUGCAAUUCUUAAGACAGUUUAUUGUGGUAUAUUAUACAGAUACCCCUUUCCCCUUCCAAACCCUGCAGCUCAAGGCAAAGGGCUGAAAACAGAAUGUGGAAUGCAAUGGAUGUUUGAUUUGUUAUGCCUUUUUUUUACAAAAAAAAUCGACAUUGGCCCAAAUGGACCAAC